GAUUUCAGCAUUGACCCAAAGAGCAGAGAUGCAAAGCUAUUAAAGGCGAAGCGCUCUAAAGCUGACGCAGAGAAAGCAGACCGAUCCUCCAAUCUGAACUCCCUCUACGACAGUGCGAUCAACCCAUUUAAAAUAAGCCCUCAAACCAGCCUAAAAGAUUCCAGCAGCAGCUUGGACUACACCAAGAACGCAGGCAUAGUUAUCCCUCCCAUCAACCAGAACUUUUCUCCCACUGCGGUUGGGAUGGGUCCUGUGCCUGGAAACCUCAAUUACAGAGUUGAUGAAAAGAGUAAAAAAUACUUGAACCCAUUUCUGAAGCAACGGAAGCAUUCUCCAGCGGGCCAUUACAGUGUAAGCUUGACGUCGGUUACUAAUGAAAAAAACAUCCUUCAAGCUAAUAGGAAAAAAUGGGAAUUCUCCAAGACAGAAGUGCGUUUGCCAGAACUAAAUCAUCUCCCUGAACUGAGAGGAGUGGAAGCGUGGCAUCCCAGAUUUCUGAAAAAGGAGAACAAACCAGUUUCAGAGUCCCGUGUCCCCUCCCUUGCUGCUAUUGACCUCCAUAACCCAAGUCUGGCCUCACAGCAGCUUUCGGGGACCUUUGUGCCCGAUGCAUCAGAAGCCAGCUUCCCCAGAGUUGAGCACUAG